UGUGGUAAACAGCUGUGUAUUAUGAUAUUUGUCAAAUAGUCACUUCGUAAUUUCAACUUAUGCUUAAGAUUAAAUAAAUCAUUUUAUUUUUUAAGAUCCACUUAGGACAGGAAAACAUUGGUAACGAAUAUUGAAAUCAAACAUUAACUUUGGUAAACUCUUUCAAAGAAUUUCUUUCAUAACCAAGUAAAAAAUGCUUUCGAGAAGACCACAACUUAACAUAGUGAGCUAUUGCAUCAAAUCGUUUCAGUCAGGAUAUGUGACCAAAGCCCCUAAGCCAGAGAUACCAACAAAUGUUCUAAAACAGAUAUAUUCAGCUAAUGAUCAACAAAAUAAUGGCAUUGUUUAUGACAGAAAACCAUUUAAGUUAGUAUUGGAAGAAGGUAAGACUUACCACUGGUGCCUUUGUGGGCGUUCCAAGUCACAACCGCUGUGUGAUGGUACACAUAAAGAUGUUUAUCUUAAAAUAACUCAAAGACCCAUAAAAUUUCAAGUUGCUAGAACAAAAGAAUAUUGGCUAUGCAAUUGCAAACAGACUAAACAUAGACCAUUUUGUGAUGGGACACAUAAACAGAAGGAAAUACAAGAAGCAACAACCAUCAGAUUGUAGAUGGUCCAUAAAAUAAAAUUUACUUUAAUGUAGAUAUAGUUAUAAUAGGUAUGUAGUUUUUGAGUAAACCUACAUUUUAUCUAA